GUAUAAUAUUUUUGAAGAGUCGGAGCGAAACAAAAAUUGGACAGGUCCCUUCAUUAAAAAAGGAAAAAAAAAGUAGUCUUUACUUUAGCAUCUCUUUGUUGACCCCUCUUCUUCAUUGGCCUUGGAUAGUCCAAAGUAUCUCUCAUUUCCCCCCCCUCCUCUCUCUCUCUCUCUCUCUCUUCUUUCUCACUCUAAGAACUGCUACUACAGUACUAUUUUGGACUCUACAAAGAGCAUUGUAAUUCACAAUUAAAGCUAAAGAUUUCAACUUUCCAAGGGUGUAGUAUUGUAAUUGAGAUUCGUCAAGUGCAUCUGUAAAUUUCAAUGCAGGAUGAUGGCAAUUGGAAUGGCUGACAGAAAAAUGUGCUGUCCUUUGUAGCUUAUUCUUCUGUAUUAUUGUGUCAAUUGAAUUACUGAUGGCUUCAAAUUUUGGUGCUAAAGCCCCCCUUGAACCGAAACAAAAACCUGUUGGAGCUCGACAGAUGGCAGAAACAAAUGACACGAGCUCUUUUCUUACACAGGUGUCAAAAAUGAGUGAACUAAGCCUUUCUCUUUCUGAUAAAUUGCCAGAAUCUGGCAAAAGUACAGCACGUGAUGUGGACGGGGUCCGGAAUGAUAAAACGUAUCAAAGGGGGUCUGAUGAUAAAUCUAAAGAUGCUCCCACUGAUAUUCAGAAUGUGUCGACACCUGGUACACAUGAAGUAAAUGGAACUAGAAGCUCACUCGAUUCUUCUACUGAUCAAGAAAAGAAAACGUCUGAGCAAACUAGUGGAAAGAACAGUUCAGUUUCUGCAAAAGUCAGCGAUGGUGCGAGUAGUCUAGCAAAAAAUAGUGGAAGUGGGAAGAUAAGUGAUCAUCCUGAUCUUGUUGACAGUGGAAAGAGCAGCGUGUGUAGAGGAAGCACCAGCACUGAUGUGAGUGAUGAAAGCACCUUUAGUAGUUUUAGCAGCAGUAUAAACAAACCCCACAAAACAAAUGAUGUGAGAUGGGAAGCUAUCCAAGCUGUCCGAUCUAAAGAUGGUACCCUAGGUUUGAGCCAUUUCAGACUGCUGAAAAGGUUGGGUUGUGGAGAUAUCGGAAGUGUUUACUUGGCUGAACUGAGUGGAACCAAGUGUUACUUUGCUAUGAAAGUCAUGGAUAAAGCAUCUCUAGCCAGCCGCAAGAAACUUCUUCGUGCUCAGACAGAAAGAGAAAUUUUACAAUCCCUUGAUCAUCCUUUUCUUCCGUCUCUCUACAGCCACUUCGAGACUGAUAAGUUUUCAUGUUUGGUCAUGGAAUUCUGCCCUGGAGGAGAUCUGCAUACUCUUAGGCAGAGACAACAAGGGAAACAUUUUUCUGAACAAGCAGUGAAAUUUUAUGUUGCUGAGGUCCUUCUAGCUCUAGAGUAUCUCCAUAUGCUUGGGAUUAUCUACCGCGACCUUAAGCCAGAGAACGUCCUUGUUAGAGAAGAUGGACAUAUAAUGCUUUCGGACUUUGAUCUGUCACUUUGUUGUUCUUUUAGCCCGACGCUGGUCAAGACGUCUUCCCUGGAGUCUGAGCCUCUCAGGAAGAACUCUGGUUACUGUGUCCAGCCGGCGUGCAUUGAACCUUCCUGCAUUCAACCAUCAUGUGUCGUUCCUACCACAUGCUUCUCUCGCCGCCUCUUUUCCAGCAAGUCCAAGAAGGAUCGGAAACCCAAAAAUGACAUAGGUAACCAAGUUACUCCAUUACCAGAACUCAUGGCAGAACCUACCAGUGCUCGCUCGAUGUCAUUUGUGGGAACUCAUGAAUACUUGGCACCAGAGAUUAUCAAAGGUGAAGGUCAUGGUAGUGCAGUAGAUUGGUGGACUUUCGGGAUCUUCCUUUAUGAGCUCUUGUUUGGUAAAACACCGUUUAAAGGAUCUGGUAACCGAGCUACAUUAUUCAAUGUAGUCGGACAACCUCUUAGAUUCCCAGAAUCACCAGUUGUUAGUUUUGCCGCAAGGGAUCUGAUUAGGGGUUUACUCAUAAAAGAACCACAGAACAGAUUGGCAUACAAACGAGGGGCAACUGAGAUAAAACAACACCCAUUCUUUGAAGGGGUUAAUUGGGCACUAAUACGAUGUGCUAGCCCUCCCGAGGUGCCUAAACCUGUUGAAUUCGAGAGACUACCAAUGCCAGCACCAUCUACAAAUCAAAAGAUUGUUCCAGCAGCAGUGGCUCCAAGUCAAAAGGGCUCUGAUAACUACCUCGAAUUUGAUUUCUUCUAGUAAUUAUUCGCUCGACUGGUAAUUUUUCUGAAUUGGUGGACAACAAAUCUUGAAUUCAGAGAUUGCUAUCGAUGAGGAUGACAUGUUCUUAUCAAAAUGGUAACGGUGUCAGACCUUUCUAUUUGUCAAUCUGUACGUGCUUCUUGCUAGAGCUGCCUCCCAUUUUUACAAGGAUGUCUAAACAGUAAAAGGUUUCAGUCUCCAUAUUUUCAACGAUGUCUAAACGGUAAAAGGCGAGUGUAUUCCAGUACAAGGAGUUUUAGGGGUAUGCAAUUGCCUUACUCAAAAUCCGCGUGUGGUUUUAGGUGAGAUGGGCAUUGCCAUGAACAGGAAACUGUUUUUGGCCACAUGACCAAGUUAGCAAGAUGAUUGCUCAAUGUAUAUUGCUUUUCGAUGCUGCCUAGAAUUUGUAUCCAUCCCAAAAGGUACAGUACAGUGUGAGAAAGUUUAGAUUCAAAUCUUAAUCUUAAGUUAUGCGACAACCAUACUUUUGGAUGUCGGUGUAUUUCCAGACAUUUAGACCACAGUGAAUUUUGCUACAUUUUACUUUCUCCUGUGUAAUAUUUGCUUUUUCGCUCUUUCAAAAGUAAAGGACGGAGUUCUCUUUUUUGCUUAUUUAUCAGGUAAUAACAUCAGUAUCUUGUUCA